ACGCACGUUUGAGACCAUUUUAAAAUCGGUACACUGUACACCAUACUACACGUUCUUUUUUAUGGCAUCAAAUUUGGCAUGAUAAAAUCAAACGAGUCUUCUCAAAAAUCAAUGGUCUCCAUUUGACUUACACCAGCUUUUUUUAAAACUAUUAUGUAACAAAAAUUGUUUUGAUUCCAACUUUUUUUUUUCAUUUUGGGAUGAACUAUACAAUCGACGUUCCGAGAGAGUCUCUUUCGAAUGGGGCACUCCCAUUGGACGAGAGCAAAGAUGUGCUGGCCAAUGAGAGGGAGCGACUGCUGAUCCAACAGGCAUACGAGACAGGCUACAUCCACGACGCCACCCGAGACUUCAUUCUGCAACGAACUCGACACGCCAGCAUCGAUGACGUCAUCACUAUUACGCUGAGGAGUCUGAAGUUACGCGACAUAGGUGGUGUGCAGUUCUUCUACCGGCUGACAGUUUGCAACCUGAGUGGCAACUUCAUCACAGACAUCUCACCCCUUCUCUCAUGUCCCCAUCUAGCCAAAGUGGACCUCAGCUCCAACCAGAUCACAAACUUCCCACAUCUAGACUUCUGGGCAUCUUUUUCCCGUUUGCGGAUGUUGCUGCUGCACGACAAUGGAAUCGGGAGACUCAGUUGUGUCCAGGCACUGUCAUUUGCACCUUCCAUUGAGUUCCUCACCCUCUUCGACACUCCUCUGAGUAUCAGACCCAGCUACAGACACCACGUGGUCAACUCAAUCACCACUCUCAAAGUUCUGGAUUGCCACGUGGUUUCGGACGAGGAAGUAAUUGAGGAUGCUCAUUUCACCUCGGAUAAAUUCAAGACUCAGGCCGACACCCUCUACCUCCCAUUGGCCGAAAUGCUCACAGUUCCGAAAAAGCAAUCCAACGAAGAAAGCGAAAUAUCCUCUAUUUAUAAAACAGUCACGAGAACCAAUCAGAUUUUAGCCAAAUAUUCGCCCGUUUUGCUCAUUCAGAAAACGGUUCGCGGGUUUUUUGCUCGGAAAUUUAAACGAUACCUGGUCGAAAACCGGAUUUGGAUUCCAAAAGAUAUUAUGGACGAUGACAAGGAGAUAAGAGAGGUUUCCGAUUUGGACACUUCCGCACCACCAGCACCGCCGCUGGUCGAGCAGAAAUCGGAGAACAUCGAGUCAAAUAAAGGCGAUAAUAGUAGACCAGGCGAGCCGAGAGCAGUUCGAUUCGAAGGGGACAUUUACUUGCCGAGAGACAGUCUACCGGAACAGAUGAGCACACUGAAGAUAGUAGACAAUCGACCAGUUCCGAAAGAGUACACGAGUCUGUUGCCAGAGCCACCCGUCUCCACUCCCAAAAUUCAAACCAAGGUACCACUUCCAGACAUCAAGUCUUCCAAACCUGCAGAAAAACCUCCCACACAAAUUGAUGAGUUGGUUCCCACAGGUCCAACUGAUCUGCCAGUAGACGAAAAAAGUCUGAAAAGAUUGCAGUUCCUGCUGCAAAAUGUGAACCCGGAAGACGUGCGUCCAUUUGUGAACGAGAUUGCGCAGCAGUUGCAAAUGCCAGGAGCGACAGGUGAGGUUGAUUGGCUCCAAGUGGCUUCGGGUGCUCAUCAUAUCAAGGUGGAGAAAAGAGAAAGGCUGCUCAACAAAGUCAAACAAGCAGAAGAACAGAUACAUCAACAAUCGAAAACCUCCACUAAGCCAACAGAUAAAGAAGCCGACACUGAAGUUGAUGAACAAGAGGCAGACUUAAACAUGCAAGGUUUCCGAGUUUCAUUCUACAAAAGCGAGCCUCUCAAAGAUUACCUCAUGCGAAUCAUGCAAUCGGUUAAUGAUGUUAGAACACAGCACGAGCAGUUUCACAAGGAAAAUGACAACAAGGUGGUUCCGAAGGCGCCUAAAUUUGCGUUCACAACUUUGGACCAGUUGGUUUACGCCAAACAUAAAGGCGUUAUGUCAUUGGCAACGUUCCUCGCGGUCGACAAAGCUUACUUGGCGAAAGAUAAAGAAGAGAAACUCUUAGAAAAACAGGACAAAGCUUACGAAAUGAGACUGGAGAAGAAGAAAGUGAAACAGAAGAUGAUUAUGCAAAAAAGAAAGCGGGCGAAACAGUUUUCGAAUCAGCAGGACUAUGACGAGACUAUUACUCGGGCGGCGGUGAGAGAAAGGCAGGAUUACUACAGCCAAAUGAAGGAAAAAUACAAGGAACAAGGAGAACUGCGGGAGAAGAGCCAGUCUAAAAAGCGAGAGGAUUUCAAGUUCGCACAGGAGUUUGCAAGCCACUGCUCCUCCAUCGGGAAUGCAUUGCGCAAACAUGACCUCAAAGUGAGGGGGGAGGACAGACAGCUCAUGAGGAGUCGCAGGGUCAAGGACAUGCAGGUCCAUCGAGACGACCAGAGAACCCUGAUCAAGAACUACGUAGCGCAGAGGCAGAAAGUGCUCCAAGCCGAAUCAAACGCCGAACGAACCGAGAUUGAACUGAAGAUCAUGCAGGAGAGCAAGGCUAGGAAAGACGAGAUUAAAGAUCGAGUCGAGGAGCUGAAAAGUUACAAACGAGAAGUAAAAGAAUUGUACCCCGUGCCCCUGCACAUACACGUCGGAAAACGACCUGAUAGUGAAUUUAACAUGGCCCCGAAUGAUUCUUUGUUCUCGAUUUUUACGAAUAAUUCAAUCAAUAAAGGGCGACAACGAGAAAUUAGAUCGCCACUUACCAGACUAGCCGAAAAGAAAAUUCUGACUAAUAAAUCUUAUGAUGUUAUCGCGCAAAGAGUAAGGAGCGCCGGUUCGAAUCCAGCUAGUAUACCAAGAUCGCCCGCUGCUGCUGUUGUACAUGUUAACAUGCACUGAAAAAAUGGAACUGGAGAAAACUCAACAAAUAUGCGUUUAUUUUUAACUUGAAGAUUGAUACUUGGAAUCGCCAGUAAAUCUGUUUUUCAAGCUAAA